AUGGCAGAGCACCUCACACCCCAAGGGUCCGAGCCGCCGGUCUGGGCGUCCCCGGUAGACUCGCGCGGGGAGCUCUUCUACGCGGAGGUGGAGGAGGCGCCGGUGUACCGCGUGGUGGUGAGACUGGACGCCGGUCGGCCGGCCGCCGUCCAGCACGGUCCGCUCUGUGAGAGCGUGCUCGGACUGAUCGGCUACCACCAGCUGGGGCCUGCCGAGCCCGCCGGUGCCGUCAGCGUGGCCGCCCUGGCGCCGCGCGGCCCGCUCGUCCGCGGCGGGCAGGUGCACAUCGGUGACCGGCUGGAGCGGGUGAACGGGGCGCCGGUGACCGUCGACAGUCUGCAGACGGUGCUAGCCGCCCUGCCGAGACCCGGAAAGGUGCGCCUGUCGUUUCGGCGGGCCACUGCACCGGCGGACGGCUCGCCACAGCCUCCAGCGCCGCUCACCAAUGGCGUGAACAAACAGGCAGCCUCUGGUGGCGACCCCGCCGCCGCCGCCACCACCACAGUCUCGUCACCGUCCGAUGAGGGCCGUGUGACCAGUCUAACCGGGGACGGCCUGCCGCUGGAGGAGCUCGGCCGGCUGCUGCGCGGCGUGCCCUAUGGACUGCUGUGUCUCAGCACGGAGGGCCUCACAGAGACGUCGCCGGAGAGGCAGGACAUCGUGUACCAGUUUCCCGGGUACGACACCGCGCUGCUGUCUGCCCGCGGCGCGCUGCUCACUGUCGCCGGCCUGACCAAGCAGAUCUCAGGGGAUACUCCGGUCAGGGCGGCAGUGACCGUGGGCUCCACACCUGUCCACGUGGCUGUGACCUGUCAGGAGGACCUGGUACUGCUGCUGGCCGCCCCCGAGGUCAGUCUGUCGGCGCCAGAACUGCACCAGCUCGGCACGGAGCUGUGGCAGCUGCUGCGGCUCGAGUUCGGCUCACUGCGCAGCGCGCUCCGGGAGCCGUCGCAGCGACCGUACGUGGACCACCUGCUGGCGCUGGUGUUUCAGCAGGCGCUGCUGACGCCCGAGCUGCUGGCCGGCGCGCGCGGCGCGCUGCCGCAGCGGCCGGCCGGCGGUCUGGACCGGCUGCUGGCCGCCGCGCACACCGUGCACCUGCCGCGACACGUUCAGGUGCUGAUUGAAGACAGUCUGACGGAGCUGGAGUCGGGCGACUUUGGAGAGGAGUCGGAGGACUUUUACGGCCUCGAGCGGCUCUAUCUGCUGCGCGGCUCGGCUCUGUACUAUAAGGGUUACCUGGUGUGCUCUCACCUGCCGGUCGAGGACCAGGCCUCUGUCCACCUGGAUUACCUGGUGUGCUCGCACCUGCCGGUCGAGGACCAGGCCUCUGUCCACCUGGGUUACCUGGUGUGCUCUCACCUGCCGGUCGAGGACCAGGCCUCUGUCCACCUGGGUUACCUGGUGUGCUCGCACCUGCCGGUCGAGGACCAGGCCUCUGUCCACCUGGUGCAGUCUGACAGACUGUCCCUCCCCUCCCCGCAGGGUUACCUGGUGUGCUCGCACCUGCCGAUCGAGGACCAGGCCUCUGUCCACCUGGGUUACCUGGUGUGCUCGCACCUGCCGGUCGAGGACCAGGCCUCUGUCCACCUGGGUUACCUGGUGUGCUCGCACCUGCCGGUCGAGGACCAGGCCUCUGUCCACCUGGGUUACCUGGUGUGCUCGCACCUGCCGGUCGAGGACCAGGCCUCUGUCCACCUGGGUUACCUGGUGUGCUCGCACCUGCCGGUCGAGGACCAGGCCUCUGUCCACCUGGGUUACCUGGUGUGCUCUCACCUGCCGGUCGAGGACCAGGCCUCUGUCCACCUGGGUUACCUGGUGUGCUCUCACCUGCCGGUCGAGGACCAGGCCUCUGUCCACCUGGGUUACCUGGUGUGCUCGCACCUGCCGGUCGAGGACCAGGCCUCUGUCCACCUGGGUUACCUGGUGUGCUCGCACCUGCCGGUCGAGGACCAGGCCUCUGUCCACCUGGGUUACCUGGUGUGCUCGCACCUGCCGGUCGAGGACCAGGCCUCUGUCCACCUGGGUUACCUGGUGUGCUCGCACCUGCCGGUCGAGGACCAGGCCUCUGUCCACCUGGUGCUGUCUGACAGACUGUCCCUCCCGUCUCGGCAGGGUUACCUGGUGUGCUCGCACCUGCCGGUCGAGGACCAGGCCUCUGUCCACCUGGGUUACCUGGUGUGCUCUCACCUGCCGGUCGAGGACCAGGCCUCUGUCCACCUGGGUUACCUGGUGUGCUCGCACCUGCCGGUCGAGGACCAGGCCUCUGUCCACCUGGGUUACCUGGUGUGCUCUCACCUGCCGGUCGAGGACCAGGCCUCUGUCCACCUGGAUUACCUGGUGUGCUCGCACCUGCCGGUCGAGGACCAGGCCUCUGUCCACCUGGUGCUGUCUGACAGACUGUCCCUCCCGUCUCGGCAGGGUUACCUGGUGUGCUCGCACCUGCCGGUCGAGGACCAGGCCUCUGUCCACCUGGGUUACCUGGUGUGCUCGCACCUGCCGGUCGAGGACCAGGCCUCUGUCCACCUGGGUUACCUGGUGUGCUCGCACCUGCCGGUCGAGGACCAGGCCUCUGUCCACCUGGGUUACCUGGUGUGCUCGCACCUGCCGGUCGAGGACCAGGCCUCUGUCCACCUGGGUUACCUGGUGUGCUCGCACCUGCCGGUCGAGGACCAGGCCUCUGUCCACCUGGUACUACGACACCGGCAGCUGCUGGAGCGGACCCGCCUCGGCCGCUGGCGUCAGCUGGUGCUGUGGAGACCGUACCGGCGGGCGGCUGCGGGCACCGCCCCGGUCCCGGCGGCGGCCGAGUCCGCACCGGGGCCAGCCGGAGCAGACACUGCCGCCGCAGACAACUACAGCAGCGAGCAGCUGGACCGCUACCUGCUGGUGGUCGGGGCGAAGCACGCGCUGCUGGCGGUUCUACUCGAGUCAGGCGCCUGCACCGUCCAGCCGGCGGCCGGCGCCGGGCCCGACUCGAUCUACGUGGAGGAGGCGCAGGCCACGCUGUUCCAGCUCGAAUCCAUGGGCAUCAUGGACGUAUGUGAGAGCUGGUUGGGCGGUAACCCGUCAUUGAACACCUCAACAGAGGAAGAAUUGCCGGGAGGAGCUCGACCUUACGAAGGAUCCGCCAGAGACACGCUGCUGGAGACGCGCUGGUGGAGCCGCCUGGUGGCCGCGCGCCGAACUGACAGCCGCCGGUCCCGCAGCAGCGCCGAGCAGUCCUUCAAAGGAGCGGACGGUCCCAGUUCUCUGGAGGACACACGCAGCGGCGGCGGCGGCAGCGUCUCAGGCAGCGGGACCGGCGGUCGCGGAGGCAGCGGCAGCGGGAGCGCCUCCUGGCGACAGGAGCCGGCCGACAGUCCCGCCUCCACGUCAGAGACGGGCGCCGCGCCGGCCCGACAUCAGACGCACUCGGCGUCAGACGACGGAGACAGUUCGACCGACGACUCGGCGGCCGACACGUGGGAAAUCUACAGGGGACCUCCGAAGAGUCGGUUGCUGCCGAACCAGUACGAUCUGAUGGAGAACAAAAAGAUCUACCUGGGCCAGGCCCUGGAGGACUCCAGGAGGGUGGUGGCCGACUCGUUCUCUGUGGCGCUGCAGCACGUGCUGCUGGACGUGCCGGCGGCCACCUACCUGGCGCUGCCGGAGCAGCUGCUGGCUGCCUGGCUGCGGCCGGAGCUGGUGGCUGCCUUCGGGCGCGCCGUGGCCCGACUGCUGCCACUGCUGGCGCAACGACCGACGGUGACGGGCGGCUUCUCUGGCGGCCCGGCCGCCGGCAGACCGCACGAGGUCGGCACGCUGUUCACUCUGGAUGGCCAGGAGGCACAGACCUUCUGGGUGGUCGGCCGGCAGAUGGCAGCGCCGGCGCAGCGGCUGCUGUUCGUCUGUGUGCCCGGCUCCACACCACCCAACAUGCUGGAGAUGGCCUUCCGGCUGAUCCACGGCACCGGGCCGCGCUGACAUGUGACCUGACUCGGGCUGCGGUGACCUCGCGACCGGACAUGGGCUUCGGCGACCAUGUGACCUGACCCGGGCCGCAGUGAUCCGUGGCCUGACCCUGGGUAGACUGCGGUGACCUGGUGACCUGACCUGGACUCUAUUGACCUGAUUGGUCGGGUCCGGUGUGGGUGUGGAUCGCAAGUUCAGAUCACUCCUGGACUCCGGUGAUUUUGUGACGGCAGACGACUGCUUUCACUGCUCACAGCGGCUCUCAGUCGCCUCGCGUCCUUCCUCCCCAGUGCAAUAUUGCGACCGGAUGAGCCAGCACGGAGUUGUGCCGUAGCUACCCGCUGGUUGCGUAUCUAGUGCCAAAAGCGGCAGCAGGAGCUCUACCAGUUUCCGUCCAUCGUACCUGAUUGGAAAUGUGUGUGGGCGUGUAUAUCAGACUGAAUGUAUCGGACAGAGCGGUAUGGGGCACUAACGUUCGGUCUUGCCGCCAUUAAGGUAACGGCUGAGUCCGUUCAAUCAGUGUUGGUGCAACCUUUAGGCAUUUGCAGCAAUACAGCUCGACUGGAGGGCUUCCCAUGGUCGGUGACACCUGACCAGGUGUGACGUCACCUGUAUGACGUCACGCCGUGUGGAUCAAACAGACGGUGUCCCCUGUCGCGCGGGUGGGGGACGGGGACACGGGACAGGUUUCCGUUGACACGGCCGGCGGCUGAGCGCCGCGGACACAUAUUGAUCCGUCCCGGAGCAGACCGGCACUGAUGUGCUCGGUAACAGUGAGGCUCACCUAUCACUAUGAAAGAGGCUGGCUGUUAGUAUUACGUGCGUCAAAUGUAUAACGAGGAGGCUGCUUUUCUUCCCCGUGUGGGUCGGGCCGAGAAGCCAGCCCUGUGCGGCUGGCGCCGCCCCUUGGCCGUACGUGAUGUUAUUUAUCGCAUUAACGUUCUAUAUAUUGUGUACGUUGCUCUGCCAUUGUUUCACAUUUAUACGGGUUACUCUUGAUACGUACUUUUCCGUCCAUUUUCAAGGCGGCUGUGGUUGUUGCAAUACACAUUACACAUAUU